GAUACCUUCCGGCGGCUCCUUCCCUGAAUUCCCCUGAGGAAGGCGGCAAAAAAAAAACCUGACAGGAUUCUCUGGCGCCAAGUCCUUCGCCUACCUUCCGUUGGAUCCCGAUUCCAGCAGAAGGAAGGCGUGAAUGGUUUCUCAGUUUGUAAUUAAUCAGACGGAAGCUCCACCCGCCAUCACAUAAUUCCCCCCCCCCGCCCCAUUUCCACUCCCGCCAGAGAAUAUUCCAUUCUCUUCCCAGUAGGUGGUCUGUACAGACUGAGACGAUCUUUCUGAGGCAAUAGGGUUGAGAUUUCCAACAAACAGGAAUCUCUACCCCCUCCAGAAGAGGAGGAUACAGCCAAAAAUAACAGGCAGCCACUCACAGGAACCUCAACUGUGAGGCUGUCCAGGUUCAAAGGAAAAACGACUAAGGAAAGAAUAUGUUAACACAAGAGAAGCAGUGAGGGAGAAGACCAGCACAUCUUUUGUUGUGAUUCCAGAUCCAAAUAUUCAAAUGCUUACAUACAGCAAAACAUGCAAUAACCUGCACUUCAGUUUCAAAUAUAAAUAUUGUCUGUGAUGGCUAAUGCUUGCUUCUCAAAUUAGGUGUUUGGAAAAUUCAUUUGAAAUUAGUUGAUAGAAUUAAUCAAUAGUCAACCAGUAGAUCCUUUAUAAAUUGGGAAGUAAGGUGACUUGUCAUUCAAUCAGGUAGGUGCAGUGCAAGGAUUUUUUGGAGUUGUGCCGUUUGAGAGGCCAAGAAUCAAUGUGUGACAUGAGCUUUCUGUAUCUCUGUUCUAGCUGUAGUCUACAUUUGCUUGUGAUCUCUACCACAUCUGUUACAAAUUUCCUUUAUUGUUUAGCAUUUUCAUGAAAUGCACAGAACAAUUAGACAAAUUCCCCUGAUGUUUUCUCUUGAGUCUUUUCAGAAAACUUAAGUUUUGUUUUGUCAACUCGUGUUGAUAUUCAAAGUUUUCAGAAAGUUUAUUUUUAAACUUUUUGUUCAAACUCUGAAGUGUACAGCCCCAACUUUGAAUCAGUUUGGAAAUGUCUACUCCCAGCACUUCUGUGGCUUUAUGUCCGCAAUUACAGUGAUUGGGACGCCAGCAGAGGUUUAUCGCUUUGGGGCCAUGUUCUUGAUUUUCUGCUUUACCUACGCCAUCGUGAUCGUCAUCAGUGCUGAAUUCUUCCUGCCUGUAUUCUACAGACUGAAUAUCACCAGUACUUAUGAGUAUUUACAAAUGAGGUACAACAAAAUAGUUCGGUACAUUGGGACCAGUUUCUUCAUCAUUCAAACUGUGCUGUACACUGGGAUUGUCAUUUAUGCCCCAGCAUUAGCGUUGAAUCAGGUAACUGGAUUUGAUCUCUGGGGUGUACUCGUUGCAACUGGUCUUGUCUGCACCUUAUACUGUACUGUGGGUGGUCUGAAAGCUGUGGUGUGGACUGAUGUGUUCCAGUCCACAGUUAUGAUCAUUGGGUUUGCAGCAGUGAUAACCCGAGGUGCGGUAAUUCAUGGAAACUUUGCUCAGGUGCUAAAUAUUUCGUAUCAUGGAGGAAGACUCAACUUCUGGGACUUUGAUCCAAGCCCAACAAGACGACACACCUUCUGGACGAUCGUGGUUGGUGGAACCUUUGUGUGGACAGCUAUUUAUGGCGUCAAUCAGUCUCAGGUUCAGCGAUACAUUGCUUGUAGAAGCCAGCUUGAAGCUAAACUAGCUCUCUACAUCAAUUUGGUUGGCCUGUGGAUAAUAGCCAUUUCUGCAGUGUUUACUGGGCUCACAAUGUACUCUAUUUAUCACCAAUGUGAUCCCCUGACUCAGAAGAAAAUCAGAGCAUCCGACCAGUUGCUCCCAUACCUCGUGAUGGAUAUUAUGAGGGAUUAUCCUGGUGUUCCAGGACUCUUUGUGUCAGCCGCAUACAGUGGGACUUUGAGUACGGUUUCCUCUAGCAUCAAUGCAUUGGCUGCUGUCACAGUGGAAGACGUCAUCAAACCUUUCACCGGUUUUUCAGAGCGGAAACUUGCUUGGGUCACAAAGGGACUCAGCUUCGCAUUUGGAGUCAUCUGCAUUACAAUGGCUGCAUUGUCCUCUGUGAUGGGUGGUGUACUGCAGGCUGCCCUCACUAUUUUUGGGAUUCUUGGUGGCCCAAUGCUCGGGUUGUUCCUGCUAGGCAUGAUAUUCCGUUGGGCUAAUUCAAUUGGUGCAAUAGCUGGUCUUGGUGUCGGUUUCCUACUGACGAUGUGGAUAGGAAUUGGUGGGCAUGUCUAUCACCCACUGCCUACUAAAACUCGACCAUUACCCCUCAGCACAGCAGGAUGUCUUGAUCUCACCGCUAACAUCCCACAAUCAGCGAGAAUAGGCCCCUACUUAACAACACACCAUGCACCAGACCUGACCUCCAGACCAGCGAUUGCGGACACGUUGUAUUCAAUCUCGUAUCUUUACUUGAGCCCACUAGGAACUGUGACUGUCAUGAUUGUUGGUCUGAUAGUCAGUUUGCUGACAGGAGGGAAGCAGAACGUGGUGGACAAGAAGCUGCUGAUGACUUACAAGGAUACGCUAUGCUACACCUACUAUGUCAACAGAAGUAUUCAUUCAGAGAAAACGAUUGACAAGGAAGAGCUGGAAGCAAUAGCUGGUACAACUGAACAGAAGGACACAACCAGUGAACAGGAGCCUGAUUCUGAGAAACAAAACCAGGAAUCCACAACAGACUUAUAGUUAGCAUGUAGGCCUUCUUUGAUGAAAGUAUAGUGAACAAGUCAUCGGGCUUUGGAGAUGUCUAACACAAUGGCUUAUGUCUAUGUAAAAGAUCGCUGGGCUAGAGAUAUCACACACCUCUUCCCUCCCUUCCCAGUAUUCCUCUUCCUACCUGCAGUGUAAAUGGAUUAAUUUUUCCAUUGCAUUUCCAGUCAAAUCAGACAAGCUGAAACUGCUCUAUUUUUUACGGCCAUGACAUUUAAACAUAUUAAUGUCUGUGUUUUUAAAACUUUUGAUGUUAUUUGCAUUACUUGGGUCAGUGUCAAUGUCGACUCCCAUAAACAACCCUCAUUCUUGUUCUCCACGUGGCUGUGACAAGAUCACAAAGUCAAACUGAGAACUUGUGACUGGAUUCCAAAUUACUGGUGUAUGAAUUGCAGCCACAUGCCAUACCUGUUUGGAGUGGAGGGAUUGAUCAUAGACUGCUGUUUGCAGAUCAGAGAAGGUUUCACAUGCUGAGGUGAAUUUAAUCAGACUUGGCACAACUUUGUGCAGCUUCUAGCUCUUUGUCCAGCUGUUGCCAGCAGUACAUUAGCUUCAUGAGAGCAACUGCUGAGAAUGUUUCAUGUAACAAAUUAAGGCCAUGCUACUCCCAUUUAGAUCCGACGUGGUCCCACUUUGCUCCCAUCUAGAUUUGUUGUGCUCCCAUCCAGACUCACCCACCCUGUUCUCCACCCAGACACAUUCUCUACUGACCCUUUUCUUAACUCAGACCCGACCCUGCUGUUCAUCCAGAUUCUAUGAUGUUCUGCAUCAUUGCUUAUUUGUUGUUAUGUUAAGUU